ACGCCCACAAACAAUGCCCAAGCGUUACCAGUGCGAAUUUUGCCAUAAAUCGUUCCAAGAUACUCCAGUGGCGAGGAGGAGGCAUCUUAAGGGGGCCGGACACCAGCGAAACCGUCGUCUCCACUACGAAUCUUUCUCUAAUGAAAAGGCAGGAGGCGUUCGGCAUGAAAGAGCCGAGAUCUUGUACAGUGAGCUGAGCGGAGAGGAGAUUCUGCGGCAGUGGCUCAGCAGCCACCCGGAACUGGUGCAGAGAUGUGAGGAAAUGGGGAAGAAGAGGACAAGGAAGGAGGAGGUUGCAGUUAGAGACGGAAGUACAAAACAAGCACCAGUCUCGUCUACCACUGGACCUUCAUUGACUCAAGCUGGUGGCAAAGACAUGCUGCCUGCCUACUUAGAGCCCUACAGAGCAGCCCUCCCUCCCUCCCUAUUGCCUCAAUCAGCUGGAUCGAACUACCCACAUGCCCUCCUACCUGAUGAAUUGACAGGUUGGGGCUGACUGCAACUCUCUACUCAUUAGGAGCCCCUUUCUCUUCUCUAUCCGUCAUCGAUUCAUUAUUUCCUUAAACACAGAAAAUAAUAUGAAGAACACGGAAUUGGUAGAAUGUGGACUCGCAAUAAAAAUUUAACCAAC